AUGGGUAAUAAAGCAAGUAGCAAAGGGAAGAAGGACCCAACUGUACUCAGCGAUGAAGAUUUGAAAACACUGAGAGCAAAUACACAAUAUACCGAAGACGAAAUUCGCGCAUGGCAUUUUGGUUUUCUUAAAGAUUGUCCAACGGGUAAACUCGACAAAAAACAAUUUCUUCAUGUGUAUAGAAGAUUCUAUCCGGAAGGUAAAGCAGAUAAAUAUUGUAAUUUUGUAUUCAAAGCAUUCGAUACUGACAACAAUAAUUGGAUUGAUUUCACCGAGUUUUUAUUAGCCGUGGGUGUAUCUCAACAUGGAAACCUUGAAGAGAAACUAAAGAUGGCUUUUGAUAUCUACGAUCAAAACAAAGAUGGAGUCAUCAAUCGUAAAGAUAUGAUAAAAAUCAUCGAAGCAAUGUACGAUUUAGCUAAUGAAGAAGAUCGAAGUGGCGACAAAUCACCGGAUCGACGUGUAGAUUUAAUCAUGCAACGAUUGAAUAAAGAAAAAGACGAUGUGGUAAUUCGCGAUGAAUUCAUUCAAGGUUGCCUUCGCGAUGAAUUAUUGCGUAAAAUACUUGCACCCAACACCGCAGUCGUAUCCGACGAGCAAGAAACGACUCCAUCCUCACCGUCACCAACAACAGCAGAAAACGAAAACAUGUAA